AUGGUCCUGAUACACACAAAAACGGAGGAGGAGAAACACCAAUUCAUGUUCGAAACGACUGUACAUGUUUUGGUGGCCGACUUGAAGGAGGACCUGGUGAAGCUCCACAAUUUUAGAUGCAAAAUUCUCAGGCUCCUUGAUGCUUCAAUCCAGUUGGCCAAGCAUGGUCCCCUGCGGCCAGAGGCCAUUCGGGGAAUUACCGACGAGGAACUCCGACUGUCCAAUCCUAACAUGUACAACCCAAAGGAAGUGACAAGCCCUGAUGAAAAUAAUUUCAGAACGGGUAUUCCCCCACCUCCUGAGGAGGAACAUAAACUGAGGGAUGCCAUCAACCAGGUGAAGAAGGCACUAGCCGUGGAUCAGAAGGACAAGAGCGUUGUCAUAACCCAGGACAAACUUAAUGAACUGCUAAAAUUGAUAGUGGAAGCGUUGAGUUCUUGCUACCCUUCGAUGGAGGGUCUUCCCCCCUACGACCCGACGAGGCUCCUCCUGGAAAAUGAAAACGCCUUCAACGAUAACUUCAUCAUAGAAGAAACGUCCAUCUGGUGGGCAGGGAAGGAACUACGUGGGGAUUGUCCUCUGCGCAGUUACAUAGGGAAAAAUGAGAAAACGAAAAUUAUCGUCAAGUUGCAUCCAACAAAAAUGGGACCCCCCGAAAGAGAAAGAAAAGUAGAUGAAGCAACGUACAAAGCUAUGUUGGCUUACUAUCACAAAAAAAAAAAAGAAGAAAAUGAAUUUGCAGAAGAUGAUGAUGACUCCUACUUGAAUUCUGAGUGGGCGAAUCCUCUCAGUUUGCAAAAACAUUUGCAUGGAAAUUUGACCAACAUACGGUGGAAGCCUUAG